AUGCCUUCUGCACGCCCAGUUAUAUCACAUCCUGCUCGCCCACCGAGGCAUCAUACCCCGGCAGUGACUCGUAAGAUCUCCAAAAGGCGUUCUCUCUACGACGGUUCUUCUUCAUCAGACGAAGGUCCUCGUCCUACAUUCAAACGUGUAUCGUGCUGUACUGCUGGAAUAAGUUCAAACAAUCCAGAAAUGAAGAUGAGGGCACCUAUUCCCGCAAUGGAUCCUGUUGAUUUCGACAACCUACCGCCUGCUGUUCGACGUAAAUACUUUUCGUCGCUUGAAAGACUUCGUUAUGCACAGCAGCAACACACUGGUUCCUCAUUACCACCUUCUAGCCAUGGUAGAAGCCAGAGCUCACACAGCGCAAAGCACAACAAGCCAAAAUCAAGGGCCAGGCCAUCCUUCGAUAGCUUUCGAAGCAACUCCUCACUGCCUCAAGCAUCGAAUUUUAUAUUAAACAGGCCGCCUGGUACAACAGCCGACGAGUUCAUUUUGUCACAAGCAGAUGCUAAGUGGUAUCUCGAGCUUCCCGAGACUAUUAGGAGGAAGCACUUCUCGAGAGAGGAACGUAUCUUGUUAGCAAGCAAGUGCGAGAGCAUAAUUGUGGAUGCAGCAGAUGAAACUAUCUACAGGAUUGGACGACAGGCAAACCGGAGCCUAGAUACCUUAAACAGCUUGUCAUCAAGUUCAACAUCCCGAGCAUCAUCCCUGGACUUGGAUGGGAUGAAUGCAGUGGAAGAAAUUAGGAAGUCUUUUAGGUGGAUGGAGGAAGAUGGUACCUUGGAUUUGCGGUUGGAUGAGUUUUACAGCCAAGUAUCAAGCGAUACAGUAGCAAAACCCUUGGGGAAGCCUUCUAUCCAGAGGGCAAUGUCAUUGUCUUCAAGACCAUAUAGAGCACCUUCAUCGCAUUCAUCUUCUCCCAGCCGGCCGUCGCUAGGAUCAGCCCGUCGUCCAGCGUCGCACAGUAUGGGCGGUUCUAGACAGAGAAGUAUUCAUUCGGUCGAUAAAGAUGCGGCGUACUAUCAAGACCCAGAAGCGCGACUGAAACUCCGUGUUUACCUUGCAUCUCCACAGAAAUUUGAUGAGGCUAUUGAGUUUGGUUUCCCCUCAGCAACAGGAUGCAAGGACUUUUUCAAGUGCCGACCAAACACUUCGGCAACUAUUCGCAGGGUAGAACCCGGGCUUGAUGAUUAUUCAACCCUCGAUAGUCCCCUCUUCGACAACUUCGACGAUACUGAGACAUCUUCGGCGCAGAAUGAGUUGCUUGCCUAUCACAAACUUAGGGACAAUAAAUUUAGUGAAUUUGGUGAGCCAUUGAUGGGUACAAAUAUUCUGCCUUCGCGCAUGAACAAUGGCUCUCUGUUCGAUCCUUACCUGCACGCCGAGCCCGGCAACAGGGAGAUGACUUUGAGAAUGACGCUCACAAGGAAGGAUUUGCGAGCGGAUGAAAAUGAGCUGUACGGAUGGAAAAAGGAUACCGACCCUCUGGCGCUUGAAGAAUUACCUCCAGUGAGUGAUUCUGACGCCGGGCAAUUCGAUUGGGGAAAUGCAGGGAAGGAUUCGGAUUCAGGGCUGAAACGACUUUGGCGAAGAAUCACUGGAGGGAGUCGGUGA